UUUCCAGGGGGAUCUUUAUAGUUGAGGGACACAAAAACUAUCCAAACAAAUACGAACACCAAACAAAAUGUAACAUGUAGAAUCAAGAGACUGUCCUCUGAAUGAUGUAUGGAGGUUUCACUUUUCUCAAAUGUUAGGAGGGCAUUCUGACACCGGAGAAAACGUUGCUCGUGGUAACGGGACUGUUGCGCGUGGUUAAGUCGCAAUGACAUUGACAGCUGCAUAUGUCGAUUCUGGGCAUGUCAGCGUCAACAUAGCGCUAACUUAACCUGGAUACAUCAUUUCUAUCCUUCUACCUACCUAGAACUACUUGAAAACAUUGAUAAUGGCUUUGCUUCUAGGCAAUUUCCUAAGCAAGAAGCGUCUUGUUUUGCCUGCCUUCCUGAAGCAAAACUUUCAAAUCUCUCAACCACAUCAUGUUUCGAGACAACAAAGUUUUGUCACCUGUCAUAGACUACCAAACCGAAUUGGACCUGUACUACUUUGGAGAAAUGGCAGCAGAUAUAUUUGUUUCAAUACUGUUGUCAGAAGAACUCCAUCCCGGGACACAGCUGGGGCAUUUACACGGUGUGGACCCUUCCAUACCUCGGCUUCACGCCGGGCUCUGCCCGCCCCCCUGGUGUGGAUGGUCCUCAAGCCACUGCAGAAACUUAUGGCCAUCAUACUGGGCAGGAGCAUAAGGAAAUGGUGGGUGGCACUACCAGACAACCGCAGACAACUCUUGCGUGAGUGGAUGUGGCACAGACGGUGGAGGUUGGUGGCUGGGGCUGGUCUCGGUCUGGUGAUUAUGGCCAUACUGCUCCUAACGCAUCUGGACGAGUCACCACUGACAGGACGGACACGCCUCCUGGUGUUCAGUAAAGAGAACUACAUGGAGCUGGCAGCCCUUGUGUCACAGGAGUACAUGGAGGAGUUUGCAGAGCUGAUGCUGCCGGAGUGUGACCCGCGGCACCAGGUGGUGGAGCGAGUCAUUCAGCAUCUUGUUCAAAGGAACAAGGACAUCCCUGAGGUCUCUGAGAUCGACUGGACUGUCCAUGUGGUGCAGGACCCCAAAGUCAACGCUUUUGUUCUCUCGAAUGGGAAGGUGUUUGUCUUCACAGGGAUGUUAGAUGCUGUCACAGAUGUUCAUCAGCUCACCAUUGUUCUCGGACACGAGAUGGCCCAUGCUUUACUGGGACACUCAGCAGAACAAGCCAGUCUGUCACAUGUGGUGGACCUCCUGUCUCUGAUUCUGCUGACAGCCAUAUGGGCCAUUUGUCCCAGAGAUAGCCUCGCACUGCUGGGGCACUGGGCACAGGAGAAGCUCACACAGUUGAUGUUCAAUCAUCCUUAUAGUAGGAAACUAGAGGCAGAAGCUGAUGAAGUUGGGCUUCAGUUGGCUGCUAAGGCUUGUGCAGAUGUGCGGGCUGGCCCUGUGUUUUGGCAACAGAUGGAGAUGAGAGACCGGCUGACGGGGGAGCUCGAGCUGCCCCAAUGGCUCUCCACACACCCCUCCCACAAGAACAGAUACACUCAGAUGGACCGCCUCAUACCCCAGGCUCUUGAGUUGAGGGCAAGCUGUGUGUGUCCUCCUCUACCUGAAGCAGACCCUCGGGUUGUAUUCUCUGUAAGUGUUCACAUUCUGCUGGAAAAUGCCAAAAAACAGACCAAAGCCCAGUCUGAGAGAGAGCCAAAGCCCAGGUCCCACAGUCCAGCCCCCUCACUCCCCACUGCAGCCAUCACAGCCCUGACACCACAACCGACGGCUUUGACUUCUGAUCAGGAAAACAAGAUGUCAGUUUUAGACAACUCAAGUACAUCUUUAGUGCUCACACCUGAUGAGACGGACAGCUCUGAUCAAAAAGUGCCGUGUCCCAGUUGAGAGGAAGUUCAUGGGAAACUGGGAACUGAAUAUGUGAUUUACUACUGAAAGAAAAAGGCUAGUGCUGCUUGAAUAGUGUGAAUUUUUAUGUUUAGUAUAUUAUUUUGUGGAUUUUUAGAUACAAUUUCAGCGUUUUAUUUUCUGAGUAAAGCUUUGUGGGGGUCUGGAGCAUUUUCAGAAAUAUUUUCAUUAAAUAUGCUACUUCUUCCUGUGGCUUGGAGUAGCUCAGCAACAGCUUGCAUCAUUUAUUUGAGUCAAAACUGUGACCAUUUGUAUACAAGUAAGAAGAGAGAUAGAACCUCUUCUUAAAGUGCUAUACUGCUCUGGCAAAUAAAGCAAUAAAUAUUUAAAUAGAUAUU